AGCUGCCGGUGCUCAUCUUUGAUCAUUGCUUUCAGCCAUUGUUGUCUUUUUUUUUUUUUUUCUCAACCUCAAACAGGUACUACUCUUCGGAAGAUGGUACGAGAUGCUGUUACCGAGGUAGUGGAAGGAAUGAUCCAGCUCACAGAAACCAUUCUCAAUACUCCAUUGCAGAGCUUGUGUCAGGAACAACUUAUAUCAACUGGUCGUGUGUGGGAGGCGUGUGAGCAAGCAUCUAGUAUGCCUCGAGAUAACCAGGCAGCAGUUGCGUCAGCUCUAGCUGCAUAUCUUGGUGUGGUCAAGGAUGCUCUGGAAGAAAUGGAACACGCUCUAGUGGAAGAUCAAGACCCCUACAGUGAUAUCAUGGAAGAUGACGAGCUAGGCUUUCGAGGCAACAGAGAUACCUACUGGUCAGAAGCUGACCGGAAGCUUCUUGGCCCCUGCAUGGGAUUAAUGAAGGCUUCUAAAGCUUGCCUGAAGAAGGUCUUGGGUGUAGUGAAGGCUUAUGGAAAAGCUGACUCUUCAGAGCAGAUCGCUCAGCUGGAUGACCUUGCAGACAUUGCCAAUGAGAUUAGUCCGAGUGUUGAUGAGCUGGCACUGAGCAUGUAUCCACCUAUGAACCAGCUAGCUGUGCGACUCAAUGCUGCUAAAUUGGCGUCAGUAUUAAAGAAAGUCUUGGAGAUUACAAAGAUAAGCCAUGUAUGUCCACCAUCAGAGGAAGGCUGGGUGCAGUUUCUCACUGGUGCAGUCAAUCACAACAUGGACAAAAUCAAGAACUUCACACAGGGUGAACUUUAGCUCUCCUAUGUCAGCUUGUGUUGCUGCCCCUGACUCUGAUACAUGCUUUACUAGUGAAUCUCUCUGGCCGUUCUCUAGCUGUGGGAGAAUGAUGAGGGAAGUUCUUUUAGGGGAGAACUUUGCUGUCUCUUGGCAGACGUUUCAAAGGGGGAAGUUGCCUUUUGUUCUUGCAAAAGCUGUUAGUUUUGCUUUGACUCCUGGAAUGAUGCAGUGUUGCAUCCUAAUGCUGUGAAUGUGCCCCAUUUGAACACAUUACAGCUCCCAUGGGGUGCAAAGAGCAAUAAAAUAUUAGAUU